GCCGGCCGCUCCAGGGCCGCCGGUUUCCCUAGCAACCGUCGCGCCGCGUCUUUCUGAGGGAGCGUCAGUCAGCAUCUCACCGCUUGCUCCCCACUGCCCAGAGGUUUUAGCGUGGCCUCAGACUGACGGAUAACAAAAAUGGCGGAGCGGAGCCAGACGGCGUCCGAGCCAGGCAAUGAUACAGGAAAUGAGGAAGCCAUUGGAGGCAAUGUGAGCAAAUACACAGUGCUUCCAAACGGAUACUCUGGACAACCCAAGAAAGGACAUCUUACCUUUGAUGCUUGCUUUGAAAGUGGUAACCUUGGCCGUGUUGAGCAAGUCUCUGAGUUUGAGUAUGAUCUGUUCAUUAGGCCAGACACCUGUAAUCCUCGCUUCCGAGUCUGGUUCAACUUUACUGUUGAAAAUGUGAAAGAAUCACAGAGGGUCAUUUUCAACAUUGUUAACUUCAGUAAAACCAAGAGUCUUUACAGAGAUGGGAUGGCGCCUAUGGUGAAAUCUACUAGCAGACCAAAAUGGCAAAGACUGCCACCAAAAAAUGUUUACUAUUAUCGCUGCCCAGACCACCGGAAGAAUUAUGUGAUGUCCUUUGCAUUCUGUUUUGAUCGAGAAGAUGAUAUUUACCAGUUUGCUUACUGUUACCCAUAUACAUAUACUCGCUUCCAGCAUUACCUGGACAGCCUACAAAAGAGAAACAUGGAUUACUUCUUGCGGGAACAACUUGGACAGAGUGUGCAACAGCGGCAGCUUGACCUCCUGACGAUAACCAGCCCCGAAAAUCUCCGAGAAGGGGCCGAGAAGAAGGUGGUCUUCAUCACAGGCCGAGUCCACCCAGGGGAAACACCAUCUUCAUUUGUGUGCCAAGGGAUCAUUGACUUCCUUGUAAGUCAGCAUCCAAUUGCCCGUGUCCUACGAGAACACCUGGUCUUCAAGAUUGCACCGAUGCUCAACCCUGAUGGAGUCUAUUUGGGCAACUACAGAUGCUCCCUGAUGGGGUUUGACCUGAAUCGUCACUGGCUGGAUCCCUCUCCAUGGGCCCAUCCCACCCUGCAUGGAGUGAAACAACUCAUCAUCAAGAUGUACAACGACCCAAAAAUCAGCCUGGAGUUCUAUAUUGACAUCCACGCCCACUCCACCAUGAUGAACGGCUUCAUGUAUGGCAAUAUUUUUGAGGAUGAGGAACGGUUCCAAAGGCAGUCCAUUUUUCCAAAGCUCCUUUGCCAGAAUGCCGAGGACUUCUCCUAUACUAGUACAUCCUUCAACCGAGAUGCUGUGAAAGCAGGAACCGGUCGACGCUUCCUUGGUGGACUCCUGGAUCACACAUCAUACUGCUAUACCCUAGAGGUUUCUUUCUACAGCUACAUCAUUGGGGGUACUACAGCUGCUGUGCCCUACACUGAAGAAGCCUAUAUGAAGCUGGGGCGGAACGUGGCAAAAACAUUUCUAGAUUAUUACCGCCUGAACCCCCUGGUUGAGAGGAUGACAGUCCCCAUGCCAAGACUUCGGAAAGAAAAAGCCCCUCCUUGCAAGCACCCACCCCUGCGGGGCUCAGCCAGCAAAGUCCCCAAUGGCAAAGGGGACAAGAAGAACUCACUGAACCACAAAGACCCUUCAACUCCCUCUUAAAGACUUGGCUCCAGGAGGCAUCGUGGGUGCAGGAACAUGCAUUUCCUGCUGGGGCAUGAAAUUAAGUGCCCUUUCCCGGUUUCCAAGACAGGAGUUUUCAGGAUAAUGCAUAAGCUAGUGAAAGGGAGUUGGAAAAAGAGAGAAAUUUUUUCAUUGAUUUUUCUCUUUUACCAAUGGGAAAUCAAUUGUGAGCCUUCAACUCAAGGCUGAGUAGAAUGCAAGAGUGGAACCAGGUCAGCGCAGGCUUUAUCUUCCAUAGCACAGAGGAAAACCUCCACACCCCUCUCAAGAGGCUCCACACUGUGUGGGGUCAGUUCCCAGUAAACCUCUCUUCACCUUUUAAAGUCCUAUAGUCAUGGCCCUGGUGCCUUCACUUAACACAGCUGCAGCUGUUUCUGGUUUUAGGAAUGCAGUCUUCAUACUUCCUGAUCCAAAGCGACAACACACAUGCAAGCCAGAGGCAAACGUGCUGUUGGGAACCAUGGGGCGGAAUGUUUGAAAUCAGAGUGAUCUAACAAAUAUGGUCACCGUGUCUAUAAGCCACCUGCUCGCUCACUCCCUCAAGCCCCAGCAUGCAACUUCAGAAAGAUGUUCUGAGAGCCGUUUUUCAAUUUCCUGGCUACUUUAAUUGAAAUUCUAGCUCCCCAAACAAAAAGCCUUGCUCAUUCAUUCCAAAGAACUACCGUGGUUAAGGUCGUCAAUCCCUGGUGACAAGGAAAGAGGGAGGUGAGCGCCGAUAAUCUGCAAUGAGAACAAGGUGACUACCAGGUAAGGGGGCUACAAGAGACAAAAGAACGAACCCCAGGCAGGUAGGAGUGGUAAAAGAAAAUAACAGCAGAAGCAAUUCCCAAGGGGAAGCAAGCCAAAUAGUGUGCAUUUUCCUGAAGCUUAAAGUGCCUUUGUGUGAUGAAUGGGACCAGGGGAGUCUACUCCCUUCCUGUCUGUGGAAGCAGCAGGCUGAGUCACCAUGACAGCCUGCUAAUUAAAAUGACCUCCCGGAAAUGAGGAUUAGGAGAUAGGGAGACCAAGGGAGGCUCCAGGGAGACAGUGCCAUCGGUGUACAGCUCCAAUAAAACGUUUUUUGCAUUUGUGAUGCAGAUUUUCAAAGUUUAUUGCAAAAAUCAAGAGCAAAGCUUGUUUUCUCUUUUACACAUUGGUUUUCAAAAAUGGUAACAACAACAACAACAAAAAAAAAAAACCACAUAUGUUAGUUUGCUACGAAUGCUCUAUGGUGUAUAUAGCAACCUUCCUGGGCUUCCAUUGCCCAAAUAAAGUGGUUUGUGC